AUGGCGGCCGCCGCAGGUAGAUCGCUCCUGCUGCUGCUCUCCUCCCGGGGCGGCGGCGGGGGCGCCGGCGGCUGCGGGGCGCUGACUGCCGGCUGCUUCCCCGGGCUGAGCGUCAGCCGCCACCGGCAGCAGCAGCACCACCGGACGGUGUUUCACUACCAUUCCUACAGUGGUUGGCAAGAUUGCGUUUCCACCUCACUCUCCAUGUUCCAUGCCAGUGACAACCUAGCUGCUAGAGUGUGGAGCUGGCCUAUGGAAGUCAAGUCAUCUUGUAAAUUUUGCCUAUGUAAAUUAACACAUCCCCUGUUAUGUCAUAACAACCAUGUAAGGGAGAGUGUUUUCCUGCUCUGUCUUAGGUAUUGGUGAUGUGACCUGUUCACGCAGGGGAAACUUGAACAUUCACAGGUGCACCAGAGGCUGUCUUCCUGGCAGAAUUUGGGAGCCAUGUAUUGCAGUACUGUUGUGCCCUCUGAUGAUGUGACAGUGGUUUAUCAGAAUGGACUACCUGUGAUAUCUGUGAGGCUACCGUCCCGGCGUGAGCGCUGCCAGUUCACACUCAAACCUAUCUCCGACUCCGUUGGUGUCUUUUUACGACAACUGCAAGAAGAGGAUCGGGGAAUUGACAGAGUGGCAAUCUAUUCACCAGAUGGUGUGAGAGUCGCUGCCUCCACAGGAAUAGACCUCCUCCUCCUCGAUGACUUCAAGCUGGUCAUCAAUGACUUCACGUAUCUCGUGCGGCCACCAAAGAGAGACCUCUUAAGCCACGAAAAUGCAGCCACGCUGAAUGACGUGAAGACACUGGUCCAGCAGCUCUACACCACGCUGUGCAUUGAGCAGCACCAGCUGAACAAGGAGAGGGAGCUCAUUGAAAGGCUAGAGGCGCUCAAAGAGCAACUGGCUCCCCUGGAAAAGGUACGAAUUGAGAUUAGCAGAAAAGCUGAGAAGAGGACCACUUUGGUGCUAUGGGGUGGCCUUGCCUACAUGGCCACACAGUUUGGCAUUUUGGCCCGGCUUACCUGGUGGGAAUAUUCCUGGGACAUCAUGGAGCCAGUCACCUACUUCAUUACUUACGGAAGCGCCAUGGCAAUGUAUGCAUAUUUUGUAAUGACACGCCAGGAGUAUGUUUACCCAGAAGCCAGAGACAGACAAUACUUACUAUUUUUCCAUAAAGGAGCCAAAAAGUCACGUUUUGACCUAGAGAAAUACAACCAACUCAAGGAUGCAAUUGCUCAGGCAGAAAUGGACCUUAAACGACUGAGAGACCCAUUGCAAGUACAUCUGCCCCUUCGACAGAUUGGUGAAAAAGAUUGAUCUGCAAACAGCCUCUGAGUCCCGGCAGAAAGAACCUGUUUAUAACUCUUGCCUUUUUAAUGAAAGCAUAGCAGGUGGCAGCUGGGAGCCAUGUCGGGGUAGAGGGUUUUUACCUUUAAUUACAAAACAAAAACAAAGAGGAUCUUAGGGAAGAAAGGAGUGCUAAAAUCUGAGGAUCAGGCAUUGUGGAAUAUAAGCUCACAGGGCCUAGGAAAUAAUGUCUUAAUCAAGCAUCUCACUUGCCGGAUGAAAACGAUGCAUUUACAUAGCUGAGAGAUUCAUCAAGGGAGAAUGAUGCUGGGGGUGUGUGUUUCUUGCAUCUUUGCAGGGUCAGCAAACAGUAACACACCAGCACCCUACUCUACUCUAAUUUUUUUUAAUUUAACUUUUCUUAUUUUGACAUAGGAGUAAAUCAAUUAUCAGAAAAGCAAAUCCUUGUGAUACAUGGGUGGCAGAGUCUGAGUCCCUAUCAUUCGCAUUCAUUUCAGGCUGGGCCCAGUCUCUGUGCCGCCCCCGGAAUCUGCCCCGCCUCUGCCCCUCUUCUCACCGCCUACCUGUACUUGAGGUUACACUAAUUUUAUGCAAGUGGUAAUUAGAACCAAUGUAUGAUUGUUUGAUCACUGAGUGUUGGAUUAUCCCCUUAAUAGCUUCUUAAAAUAUCUGUGUAUCCCAGUUCCCUGGAUGAAUAUUUAAAAAUCAUUGGCAACACUGCAUGAAGUUUUUGUUUUGCUUUUUUUUCUUCUUUAACUGAUUAAUCUUUAAGAGGAAGGAUAAUUUUCCUACUUCAUGUAUCUGUCCCCCUGCACAGUGCAAACCAGAGGAGGGGUGUUCAGCUGUCUCACCAAUCAGGAAGAUGUGAGUCUUAGACGUUGGCUAAAAAUCAUGGCUCUGUAGCCAUUUCAGAACCCGAGUAAUCUCACUGCUGUUGGCCAGUCUGUGUGACGGCCCUGCGUCACCCCAGGCCCGGGGAGUUGCGCUGGCACCCGCCCCCGGCCCCUGCCCUGGCCAUCAGCCUAGCGGGGGCAUCUCCGAGGGUGCGAGUCGUCUUUAUACUGAAACACACUUCUAUGGCUUCAUUCAGCCUGCCCACUCUGCCCUACUCUUUCUUAUCUUAAAUUAAACUGCAAGAAGAAGGAACUGGUGUCACCCUCCAUCAAGCAGUUGCACCCGUCACCCCAUCUUCCAUCGUCUGUCCAGACCUGUGCCCUUGGCAGAGCCAGAGCCGGCCGUGCGCUGUGCAGGCAGGAGGGCAGGGUUCCGGGCUGGCCCCGCAGCUGGCUGCCUCUCUCCUCUCUCAAGCUUCCUCCCGCCUCAUCAUGGCAAGGGGCUUCCUUCUCUUUUCCUUCCUCCUUUGGGAUCAUUGUGUGUGAGGGAAAAAAAAAAACUCAGACCCCAGGUGCCUUGCAGAGGCUGGAGGCUUGAGGAGAGAGGAUGCAUGCCCCCCCACUUCCUGUGCCCUGCUCCCUCCCCCGCUCACCCCCCCAUUUCUUUUUGUUAAGUUGUGCCGGUUAUUUUGAAGCCAUUUCUCCUGUUUGUGUGCAGGGUUUGGAAGGAGGAAGAGCAGAGAGCAGAAGCGCAAAUCUUUCAGGGUGUGUGGGAGGCAGGGGGGAGGCGGCAGAAAGGCCCUGCGAGCAAAUAGCCAACUACGGAAGGCGUGUAAAAUCCUGUAUCAUUUAUGAAAUAUGUAUAAAAGCAAUGUACCUUCUGGAACAAUAAAUACUUAUUCAAUUUUUGAAACAA